ACGACAAAGACAAAGAAGAUAUGCCAUGUUCCAACUGAUCAACUUGAUUGUUUUGAGCAAAUAAUCAUGAACUUGGAAUUUGAUGGCUGCAACACGUUCCCAAAAAGCUGCGACAGGUGGGCAAAAAUGUUGAGGAAUGCUCAUGAAACACAUCCCACAGGUGAACAGGCGGGGGCCGUGAUUGGCUCGAAAAGGAGCUUCCCUGAAUUCACAAGUCAUUCACAAGCAAAGAUGGGGCGAGCUUCGCUUCUUUGUGAGAAAAUAGUCCAACACUUUAGGGACAAUGUUCCUCAACGUACAAAUGCAAGGAAUUGAGGGAUUUCAUCAUCUACGGUCCAGAAUUUCAUCCAAAGGUUCCAAGAAUUUGGAGAAAACACUGCACAUGCAAGGCCGAAAACCAACAUUGAAUGCCCGUGACCUUCGAUCCCUCAGGCGGCGCUGCAAUAAAAACCGACAUCAAUGUGUGAAGGAUUUCACCGCAUGGGCUCAAGAACACUUCAGAAAACCAAUGUCGGUAAAUACAGUUCGGCGCUGCAUCCGGAAGUGCAACUUGAAACUCUACUAUGCAAAGCAAAAGCCAUUCAUCAACAACACCCAGAAACGCCGCCGGCUUCUCCGGGCCCGAGCUCAUCUAAGAUGGACCGCUGCAUAGUGGAAAAGUGAUCUGUGGUCCGACAAGUCCACAUUUCAAAUUGUUUUUGGAAAUUGUGGACGUCGUGUCCUCCGGGCCAAAGAGGAAAAGAACCAUCCGGACUGUUAUGGAGGCAAAGUUCAAAAGCCAGCAUCUGGGAUGGUACGGGGCUGUGUUAGUGCCAAUGGCAUGGGUCACUUGCACAUCUGUGAAGUCACCAUUAAUGCUGAAAGGUACAUACAGGUUUUGGAGAAACAUACGCUGCCAUCCAAGCAAUGUCUUUUUCACGGACACCCCUGCUUAUUUCAGCAAGACAAUGCCAAUCCACAUUCUGCACGUGUUACAACAGCGUGGCUUCGUAGUAAAAGAGGGCGGUUUUUCAAUGAGUGUCCUCAGUUGAUGGAAUGUUGUUCAAAGAAAAGGUAAACAUGAGCCUGUCCCGGCUUUUUGGGAACGUGUUGCAGCCAUCAAAUUCUAAAUGAAGGAUUAUUUGCUCAAAACAAUCAAGUUGAUCAGUUGGAACAUGAAAUAUCUUCUUUGUCUUUGUCGUGUAUUCAAUGAAAUCUAGGUGGAACAUGAUUUGCAAGUCAUUCUAUUCUGUUUUGAUUUGUGUUUAACACAACGUCCCAACUUCAGUGGAAUUGCGCUUGUAACACAGCAGGGAUCCAAAUGAAUCGUUUCAUGAACAAAGUAUCUCAGUCUUUUUUUCUUCUCGGGCCAGAUGAAUUGGCGCCAUCUUUGAGUUUUUGUAAGUGAACCCGUGCGUGUUUUAAAUUUCUACCUUGAAAGAACUCGACGAGCCGCCUCAUUCGCUGACGUAUUAACUGCCGGCGGCUCGCUCGAGGGCGCUUUGACGUGCUCGCACAGGCUUAGGAUUGAACCCACGACCUUCGGGUUUGGGAGACGAGCGCUCUACCGCCCCCAAAUGUGUGUGUGUGAAUUACACUAGCCACAAAAAGGUUUCGCUUGCCCCUAAAACGCACACUCGCUUUGCUCUUCGCUUAACUUUUGAGCGCACACGCCCAAACUGUUGAAUGUUCCAGUUGAGAGAGAGAACAGCACAUCGUCCAAAAAAGCCAGCGAAACAUUGAAGAGUUGGAAAAUGUCAAGUUUAGAGAAGGUCACCUGAAGUGAAGUCCACCUGCAAAGGUGGAAGUGUGUUGUAGGGUUCAUCUUGGAAUUUCCCCGCAGAGCCUCACGUUUCGUUUUUGAACCCCGAGAAAGGGCGGCGGUGUGCCGGCGAUUCCCGAUGGGAAGGCGCCUUGCCGGCUUUGGCGUCGCUGAUGAACGCUCUCUGCUGUUUGUGGCUUCAGAUGACAGGAAGUUCAAAGGUUCCCGCAGGAAGCAGGCGCCCAGGAGAGCGCUCCGAGACGCGGACGAGGAUCCCGACGAGACGGAAGUGAACGAAGACGAGAUCCCCGAAGAAAGAACUUUGAGGAAGAACGGGAGCCGAGAACUUCCGGGGCGAGACGACGCGUUGCGCGCCGCCCUACGAGAAGAAGUGAACGCCGUCAACGAGAAGACGGAGGCCAGAAGGGUCGCUCGCGUCGCCCUCUCCGAGAUCAAAACGCUCCUCGCCGAGGACGACCCGGGCGAGGAGACGGCCUGGCGGCUGAAGAUGAAGACGCUGGAGGUCACCCGGGAAACGCUCAAGCUGGAGAAGGAGAGGAUCGGGCUGGAAAGGGAGAGGAUGGAGGUGGAGACCAGGAGGAUGGAAGUGGAGAGGGAAAAGAUGGAGUGGGAAAAAGAAAGGAGGGCGCGGGAAAAAGCAGAAAAGGAAAGCGUGGAGCGGGAAGAGGCUGAGCGACAGAAGGCGGACGAAGGGAGACUCGCUUUGGACGAAGCCACGGAAGAGCGGGAACGGCUCGAAAAGCUCGAGGGGGAGCGCUCGGCCGGAGAGGAAGGAAAAGAAAGGGAGAGGCUCGCCGGAGACGGGGAGCACGCGGCCGAAGGGCGAGAAAAAGAGGCGGCCGAGAAAGAGCGCCUCGUUCCAGAGAGCGAUCGACCGGCUCAGGGCGAGGAGAAGGAGCGAGCGCCGCGUCUCUCCCGCGACGAGGCCGCUCGGAACCGGACGCAAGCGGAGCGUCCCGACGCCAGGAAGGCGAACGCCACUCAGGCUCCGGAGGAGAAAAGUCGGCGCGCCGGCGGCGUGACGGCCGGCAGGAGGGAGAAGGUCGCGGUCGCCGACAAGAUGGCUGCCGGCGGCAAGAAGAAGUAAAUGCUUCCUGUGCUCCUGUUUGGUUUUUUUGGUUUUUUUUCUGUCUCCAGGGAGACGGUGGCCAUGUUUGGAAUCAUUCCCGACUCCCACGUUACUCUGUGGGAAUUUGAAAAUAGUCGACAAAAUACACUCGGUGACCGCAAAUGCUUUGGUCUCGGACAGCCGCACGCGCGUCAACGAUGUUCCUUUUCAACGUGCAACUCGCCGCAGGACGCUCGGAAUGUUCAUUUGCAAAAGUAUAUUUCGCAAAUUGCUCCGCAGCGGCUCGAGAGUGAUUCCCAACACAGCCAAUGAGAAACUAUUGAUUGAUUUGUGUUGUUGUUGUUGUUGUUGUUGUAAGCUCCGCACAUAUUCAAACUCCGCCUCCAUCCACGUUAAUGCAACGUUUCCCUCCAAUGUGACAAGUGUCAAAUAAAACAUCAAAUGGC